AGGCUUUCGAGAUACGACGGAGUCAAAAGAGAUUCAUUUCGGAUUAGUCGCGAAAUCUCAUUGUUUUUCUUCACUCUCGCCAUUGUUGUAGAUCUCUUUUCCAACCCUAAAUCGAGAAACGAUCAGGUGCUUGAAACAAACAACUGUUAAUCAUGGGAGUUCAGAGAGGCGCCCUCGAGGGCUUUUACAGACUUAUCAUGCGCCGUAACUCCGUCUACGUCUCGUUCAUCAUCGCCGGCGCUUUCUUCGGCGAACGGGCUGUGGAUUACGGAGUUCACAAGCUCUGGGAAAGCAACAAUGUUGGGAAACGGUAUGAAGACAUUUCUGUGUUGGGUCAAAGGCCAAUUGAAGAAUGAGAUUUCUCCUUUUUGAAUCUCUCAGACCAAAAGAAAGAAAUGGAAAUUUCCAUGUUGUUUUGCACUCCAAAUUCCUCUUUCUUUGUUGAAUAAAUCAUUGGGAUGGUUUUCAGACUUUCACCCUAAAGCGCUAUUUGGUUCUUGAUUAAUUGAAUUUUUCCAUUGUGAAAUAUUAUGAUAUAACAUCGUCAUACGUCCUCCCUUCACAUUACAAGUAUUACUCUUUAAUAAAACAGAGUCCGUUAAAAUG